GAGUAAUUGUCUAUCCAUAAAUCUCGAACACAGUGCCGUCCCGACAAGAACACUUGCAAGACAACCCAACACAUAACUGUGUGUCAUCAAAAAAUGAAUAAUUCACAGCUUUUUAACUACACUCAUGGAAGCUCUACUAGUACUGAUGAUGGGUCUCAAGUAGAAGCAAUAAAGAUAUAUGGGCUUAGCAACUAUUACUUCUAUUCGAAACCAGCUCCUCCUUUGAAAAACCAAACCUUAGAGGAACGUAUCUCUUGUCUUAAGACAAGGUAUGAUGUUUGUGGGAUUAGGACUUGCGUGGAGGCUGUGAUUCUGGUUGAACUCUCCAAAACUCCCCAGUUAUUGUUGUUGCAAUUAAGGAACUCCACAUAUAAGCUUCCAGGUGGUCGUUUACGACCAGGUGAAUCAGAUAUCGAAGGCUUGAAGCGUAAGCUUACAAACAAGUUGUCUGUUCAUUCUGAUGGUAUUCUUCCUGAUUGGGAGGUAGGAGAAUGCCUUGGCAGGUGGUGGAGGGUUGGCUUCGAAACAUUGUUGUUACCGUACCUGCCACCUAAUGUUAGAAGUCCCAAGGAAUGCAGAAAAAUCUUUCUUGUCAAGUUGCCAGAAAGGCAGAAGUUCACUGUACCAAAAACCCACAAGUUGCUUGCGGUUCCCUUGUCCCAACUUCAUGAAAACCACGAAAUAUAUGGACCAGUAAUAUCAGGAGUUCCCCAGCUGCUAUCAAAAUUCCCUAUUGAAACUGCGAGUCGCUAAGUAGCACUCUACAAAAGAAGUUGAUCUUCGAAAUAAAUAUGUGGGAAAUGUUAGUUGGACAGGUUUACACGAUGGACAUAUAUAUUACAGAAAAUCCUUCACGAACUGUCGUAAGUUUUAGACUUGUAUGAGGUACCUCCGUAUAUCGCUGUUGUAAUUAGUUUGCUUAUAGUAAUAGAUAUUCUCUUUUCUUGUCA